UGAGUACCGUGGGGAUAUGUCUCUUGCGGGAGAUUGGCAGACGGUUUCGACGAGGGUGAUUAGGGAGGAGGGGGAGGGAGAGGAAGGUGGGGUUAGGGGCGUGAGGAAGAGGAAGAUGCAGGAGGUGGAUGAGGAGGAGGAGGAGGCGAAGAGGGAGGCCGAGAAGUUUGUGAGUAAACCAUGGGGAUCUCGCACGAGGGUGUAUCCUGGUGCCGCUGGGGGUGAGGAUACGGAUCUUGAUGCGCUGUUGGAGUCGACGAGGGAUCUGAAGAAGGGGAAGUCUUCUGGUGGGGACAGCGGGCAUGGGGACAAUGGUAAUGGAGACAGCGGUCAUGGGGAGAGUGAGACUGCAACCGCGCCGGAUGGUGUUACUGCAGAGCCUGAGAAGCAGGUCAAGGAAGAGGCAGAGGAGGAGAAGCCGGAAUCUAAGAUGGCUGCUGAACCUGCCAAGCCGGCGGACGAUGCAGCUGGGGGAGUGGUUUUCAAGAAGCGCAAGCCGAAGGUAAUGAGGAGAUGAUGGUGCUGGGAUAGCAUCUCAUUUACUACGCUAGAGAACCUUUCUAUGGCAUCUCAUGCAGAGACUGGUCCGUCUGGUCGGGUCCAGCUUCAGCGGCUCCCAACUACUUCCUUACCCGGUUAUGGAUUCGGACCAGUACUAGGAUAGUCUUACCAUGGCUAUCCAAUCCCCCAUCCAGUGUCUGACACUCACGGAGUCGGGACAUGGAUAUGACUCCGACCAUACCUACAGGGGUAUGGCAGGUUCACACAUGCGUGGAUGAGCCUCGGAUGACUGGUUUAUCACCAUACCAGUUCAGUGGCCAUACCAGCUCACAUAUGAUUCACCCUUGGAACCAUAUUGGUUCUAUCUAUCUUUGGUACAUCUAGAGGCGACACCGGAAUAGGGAGCAGGAGGCUCUGUGGAUAGGCAGAAUGACAGUUCUUCCUAUCUGACGUGAAUCCACAGUGUCAAUAUUUCUUUCUGGAAACAGAGACAUGAC